AUGGGCUUUCAGGCAGCCAAAGCAAGAGGCUUUUACGUCCAGGAUCUAGCAACAUCAGCAGGUGGUCUCCAAAUCAGCUCUGCAGAAGUGAAAUGCUCCCUUUGUGUUGUGGGGAUUCAGGCGCUGGCUGAGAUGAACCGGUGGAGAGAAGUUCUGUCUUGGGUCCUACAGUAUUACCAUGUCCCCGAACAUCUGCCUCCAAAAGUUCUGGAGCUGUGUAUCCUGUUAUACAGCAAAGUGAGAGAGCCCCAAGUGAUGCUGGAGGUUGGCAGUAGCUGGCUGAGAGACCAAGCCAAUAAGAACCUCCUCGAGUAUGGUUCAUUGCUGGAGCUCUACCUGUUGCAUGUGUUGCUUCCACUUGGCCAGUUUGAGGGGGCAGAGGAGCUUGUACGUGGCUGUGAUGUUCUUGACAGUGAACAGCAGCUGGCAUUUCUCGGGACCAUUCGUGAAAGCCGAUGUCAGCAGACUCAACGGGAAGAGAUGCACUCCGCUGAUGAAGAGCAGCAGAAUGCAGCAACAGAAUCUGUUUUGGGUGCUCUGUCCCAAAAGCUCUUGGCGAUGUUGACAUUGCUACGUCGAGCACUGAGGUCCAUGUCAAGCCACUUCUAUUUACUUCCUUACAAAAAGAUGCUCUUGGCUACUUUUCUCCUUUACCUGGUGGUGGUGAGAUUAGAUCCAGCUUCUCCCACAUCACUGCCUUUCAUUUAAAAAAAAAACUUCCGACAGGCUUGGGCAGCUGUUUUUUCUCCAGUCCAUAGGCCUCCAAUUCAUGACUAA